AUGGACCGCGGUAUUAAUCUCGGGAUUUGUUUAUUCAUAGUUGGAUUCGGGGUGAAUCUGCCCUGUGUUGCAACAGUUACAAGCCCGGUUACAAGCUCACCUUGCAAUUGUGAACAGCUUGCCAUUAAAGUUGACCAAAUGCAAACUAAGCUGAUUGCGCAAGCUGAAGAAAUAGUAGCCUUACAUAAAAGUGUUAUAAAAAUCCUCGCUGCACAGUCAGAUGAAACAUGCGCUGAGAAUUGCAAGGGAAAAGAUGGAGCGCCGGGGCUACGCGGACCACGGGGGUUCAAAGGACCUAGAGGACCCAGGGGAAAAAUCGGUAUCCCUGGUAUCAAAGGCAUCCGAGGGGAAAUUGGAUUGAAGGGAAGUCAAGGGCAAAUUGGGCCACAAGGAAUCAAUGGAUCAUUUGGACCACCAGGAGAAAAGGGGUCGAUUGGACCACCAGGAAUCAAUGGAUCAUUUGGACCACAAGGAGAAAGGGGAGCAAUUGGAUCACCAGGAGAAAAGGGGUCGAUUGGACCACCGGGAGUAAAUGGGUCGAUGGGACCACCAGGGGAAUUGGGACCAAUUGGGCCACCAGGAGUAAAUGGGUCGAUGGGACCACCAGGGGAAAGGGGACCAAUUGGACCAUCGGGAGUAAAUGGGCCGAUCGGACCACCAGGGGAUAGGGGACCGAUUGGACCAUCGGGAGUAAAUGGGUCGAUGGGACCACCAGGGGACAGGGGACCAAUUGGACAACCAGGAGUAAAUGGGUUGUUAGGACAACAAGGGGAAAGGGGACCAAUUGGACAACCUGGAAUAAAUGGGUCGAUAGGGCCACCAGGGGAAAGGGGGCCAAUUGGACAACCAGGUGUAAACGGGCUAAAAGGAGAUAUUGGUCCACAGGGGCAGAAGGGUGAAAUCGGCCUACCAGGUUUAAAUGGAUCAAUUGGUCCACAAGGCAUACCAGGGGUAAAGGGAGCGAUUGGCCCACAAGGCAUACCAGGGGUAAAGGGAGCGAUUGGCCCACAAGGCAUACCAGGGGUAAGGGGAGCAAUAGGCCCACAAGGCAUACCAGGAGUAAAGGGAGCAAUUGGCCCUCAAGGCUUACCCGGCUCAAAAGGACAAAUGGGAGAAAUUGGUCCACGAGGGCAAAAGGGAGAAAUCGGUGCCCCGGGGGCAAAGGGAGCGAUUGGCCCACAAGGCGUACCAGGCACACAAGGGCAAAGGGGAGAAAUUGGAGUAACUGGCCCACAAGGGACACCCGGAAUAAAGGGAGCAACUGGCCAACAAGGGACACCCGGAAUGAAGGGAGCAACUGGCCCACAAGGGACACCCGGAAUAAAGGGAGCAACUGGCCCACAAGGGUCACCCGGAAUAAAGGGAGCAACUGGGCCACAAGGAACACCCGGAAUAAAGGGAGCAACUGGCCCACAAGGGACAUCCGGAAUAAAGGGAGCAACUGGCCCACAAGGUCAAAAGGGAGCAAUCGGUCUACGAGGGCAAAAGGGAGAAAUCGGUGCACCAGGGGCAACGGGAACUAGUAUCCGAGGACCAACGGGAUAUCCUGGAAGAACUGGAAGUAAAGGCGACAAGGGAUCAAUUGGUCUACGAGGACCAACAGGCAGUAGGGGAAGCACGGGUCUAAAGGGUCAGAAAGGCCAAAAAGGAAUUGCAGGACCCACAUAUGGCAAUGGUCGGACUGCUCGCUUGGUUCCAACAUCUGGAAGACUUGAAGUAUUUUAUUCUGGUCGGUGGGGUUCCGUGUGUGACGAUGGCUUUUCUCUUAACGAUGCAAAGGUUGCCUGUAAACACUUAGGUUUGGCAUAUUCUACGCCAAAGUACAGAACGGUUAAGGGUGGUACAGGCGAUAUAUUGUUAGAUGAUUUGGCUUGUGGGGGGACUGAGACCUCUUUGUUCUCGUGUACUAGGGCUGGCACUGUGGGAACUCAUAACUGCGGCCAUCACGAAGAUGUUGGUAUAACUUGUGAAUGAGACGUACUUCGCCUAAUAUCAAACGCCCAAGGAACACGUAGAAACAUUAUGUAUUUGGACAGUGUACAAAGAAGACUUUAAAAGAAUCAAAGCAAUGAAAAGCAUAUAACCAAGUUGGGUCAAUGAUUCACUUAUUCAUCCAAGAGCGAAUUUUAUAAUGGGGAGGUUAAGCUAUACACUUUUAAGAGCAAGGGAAUAGCUCUCCCCACUGUAGUAUUAACUUACUUGACUUGCCUUGUAUUCGCGAAUGUAACUAACGCCUGUCGGCUAUCGGAUUAACAUACUAUUUUAUGGCCAACUUAUUUAGAUAUGAAUGGCAUAGUGGCAGGUACUAUUCAUAUUCAAAAUAGUAGAUUAAUCCGAUAACCGACGGGCGUUAGUUGCAUUUGCGAAUGCAAGCUGGUAUAAAACUAAAAAGAAAGUAGUAAGCAAAUACUAGAGUAUUUCAUUCUACCUGUUCAUAUUUCAAUGACUUUUGCAGUAUGUAUUGCCAGCAGCCCGUAGGGCGAGGGAAAUACAUGCUGCAAAAAUCAUUUAAAGCGCAACUGGUAUUGGCCGAACAUAGA